AUGGAACGAGCUGGGCCCCCCUACUGGCCUGGCUUUGGGUCCCUCUGUGUCCUGCUCAGUGCAGGGGCUGCCUGGGCAACUCCUGCACCCCAGUGGGAACUGAAGCAUGAGCCAGGGCUAGAAGGCCCCUUGUUUGAGAGCAAAGUCACCCUUUUGUUGGCUGAAGAGAAAGAAAAGCCCAUAUGCUUCACCCAGAGAUUGGAGGAUCUAGUCUGCUUCUGGGAAGAGAUGGCCAGCUUGGGCUCCAAGAACUACAGCUUCUACUACCAGUUAGAUGAGGACCUAUGGAAGCUCUGCAUGCUGCAGGUGGUCUGGACGGGAAGGGGCACCAUUCGCUACACCUGUACGUUCCCCCUGUCUGAUGCCUCCAGCUUCAUCCCAGUAGAGCUGAAGGUCAUAGCCAUCCCCCCUGACAUGGACCUCCACCGGACCCUCUAUAUCAAUGAAGUAGUGUUUCUGGACCCACCCUCCGGCUUAACAGUGCAGCAGAUGGAGACACCCAGCCACGUGGCCCUUCGCUGGCUCCCCCCGCCAAUGGCCCAGGUGACCAAGGACAUCCGCUACGAGGUCAAAUACUCAGAAGCAGAGGGUACCUGGGAGAAGAGGAUGGACAUCCAAGAAGGCAGGACAGAGUGCGUCAUUGCCAACCUCCGUGGGCACACUCGCUAUGUCUUUACUGUUAGGGCAAAGAUGGCAGAGCCCAGCUACAGCGGCUAUUGGAGCUCUUGGUCCCAGCCCGUCACCAUGCUUAUCACUGUCGAUCCAGACCCUUUGCUUGUGGGCCUGUCCGUGCUCCUCACCUGUAUCCUGCUCUUGCUAGUUAUCCUGGUCCUCCUCAGGCAACGCAGGUUUCUGAAAGAGAUGUUUUGGCCAGGCAUCCCCAGUCCAGAGCAUGGGUUCAAGGGCCUCUUCACCAUCCACAGAGGCAACUUUGAGCUGUGGCUGGGACAGAGCAACGCCUGCUUGUGGUGGGGGCCGCUUGGCGCUUACCCGGAGGAGCCACCAGCCAGGCUAGAAGUACUCUCUGAGCGCUGCUGGGUGGCCCCUGCUGCGGCCCGGGAGGAGGAGCCCCUGCUGGUACCAGAGGGAGGCCGGCUGGCCCAGGGAGCCAAGGAUGACUACCUCGUGCUGGACGCACAGCUGCUGCCCCACAGGCCAGUUGCUGAGCCCCUAGGGUCGGGCUCCUUCAGCCUUCAGGGCUUGGGCAGCAGCACAAGCAGGGCCCUGGGGGCUGAGAGGGACUCAGCCAUGGAAACGGAUGCCAAGUCUGGUUCCUUUUCCACAGCCUCAAUCUCAGCCCUAGAGACUGAGCAUGAGGAACGGGGGCUGGCCUCCAACUUUGAGUACACUAUCCUGGAUCCCAGUUCUCGACUGCUCUGUCCUCGAGCCUCCCCACCCUUCCCACCCCCCAGACCCCCCGACCUUAAAUACCUCUAUCUUGUGGUCUCAGACUCUGGGAUUUCAGCCGACUACAGCUCUGGGGACUCCCAGGGGGCCCUGGGCAGCUCACCUGAUGGCCCCUACACCAACCUCUAUGAGAACAGCCUUCUCCAGCCUAGCCCAGAACCUCUGCCCCCGAGCUAUGUGGCCUGCUCCUAGUGGGUAGCCUCAGGACCACAAGGGCCUCCCCUAGGAACAGCUGCAGGA